CUCUCCCCUCUACGAUGGUCUUCUCCUUGAAUUGGAUGCGACUGUGGCAGUUCCUGCUUCUGUUUUGGAUGUGUUCAACAGUCGUUGAUUGUGCUGAUGGUUUGAAUGCGGUCUCAGAUGUCAUAACGGGAGAUCACAGCUACCACAACAACACCCACAACAACUUUGACAUUCGUGACAACUAUGACAACUUCAACCAGCUGACAGCCAACAACGAGACAAGAGUUUUAAGACGAGGCAAACGUUACCUGGAAUUUACCAAAGGUUCGCGUAUGUCGUGGCGUACCAACGGCAAAAACAAUCUCAUUAAAAUCAACACACUUUUCUCCUAUGGUUAUGGCUUUCGAGCCAAUUAUCCGUUUCCCGAUCCCCAGGAUCAACGCAAGAGAAAUCGUGUCUUCUUUAAGCGUGAUUUAUUUUCAAAAUUGGAAACCGCCUUAGAUGGCCAUGGCUUUGAUGGACGCGCCUGUUUAUUGAAAUCAUUCUGCACGGCACUUUUGGAUGUCGAUAAGUCUCAGCAAAAGAGCGGCAUGUUGUUUAAAUUGCUAAAGUUAAUAUUCAGAAGACAAAGGCGAUUUCUGGACAUAAUAGAGACAAGUCGGCUAUUUGUGGGUAACAUUUUGCGUGACGCAAUUUUAUUUUUUUGGAAUUCAAAGUUUCGCGUUAACGUCAAAAACAAUGUGAUACCAAAGCCAACAAUUUGGGCACAUGGCUAUGGCUUUCGUGCCAAUACUCCCAUACUGGUGAAGCGCGAGAAUCGACCCUUCAGAAGGGACACCUAUGAGUUAGUUCACGAGCUCAUGGAACGCAGCGGUUUUGAUGGCCAGGCAUGUGUGCUAAAGGCUUACUGCACUGCCUUGGCCGGGGAUCAUGGUCAGGGAUUCUUGUUUAAGCUUUUGAAGUAUAUGUUUAUCUUGGAGGAUCACGAGAAACAUCACAUGCCUUAUCUGCGCGAGGAGAACUGUGAGCAAAUCUUACAUAGCCAUUGUCCCCUGAGCUUCGACAGUAUAUCGCCCUAUACCGAUGAUGUCUAAGAUUAAUUGUUAUGGCUUAAGCUGAUCUUAAAAA